AUGGACUUCUACUCGCGUGGGAAAGACUGUGGGCAUUUCAGCAUUUCGUCUUCGACGCCGCCACUGCUUCCCACGACGACUCGGCUCCAGAUUUGCCGGAGGAUCACCAGCGUCCCUGACCCACGAACUCCUGUUUCAGCCGGCGCACCGCCGUUGUCUAGACCGCCCAGUGGCCCCAUCGCUAGAGCCGGGAAAAUCCCCUCUUCUUCCCCCUCCUGUGAACCUGCGAAACACUUGGCCUUCGAUUCGACUGUCGACUCGAUCAGCCAUGGUGUUUGUCCUCCCUACAACCUAGCGCAGAGAGAUAGUCCCAACCGUCCCAUCUCCACAUGGACUAUGUCCGACUCCCCCGAGUCCGAUGUCCCUAAUCCCGUCCACGCUCGACCCGCCAUGGCUUUCCCCUCUUGCAAGUCCGAAUGCAUCGCCGAGGGACUUGCCGCCGUGCACGACGACGGGGAAAUGCAAUACGAUGCCUCCGGAAACUGGAACGAUGGCGCCCAAACCGCCGCCAUUGAACACCUUGUGACCCUCAAGCAGGGCCUGAGAACCUCGGACACCGAGCUGUUCUGGAAACGGCUCAUGGAAGACAUCACCUCGAUCAGCAAGGCUCAGUAUGGCUUUGUGGCCCGCCGUGUACAUGGCGGCGAACCCAUGCCCGAGCUCGGUGGCCGCCGGCCCUCACUGUUCGGUGCAGUGUUCUACUACAACGACGGCUACCAGAAUGUCGGACUGCAGCGAGACCGGUAUUUCGCUGGCGGCAAUCCCCUUUUACACAUGGACCACGAGCGACCGUGUCUGAUACCUGAGAACCUCAAAUCACUGGCAUCCUUUGGUGAUGACCAGCUACCCUUUGGUGCCGAGGCGUAUCUGGCGAUCCCGCUUUUCUCGGCUGGCAAGUGCCUGGCGCACCUCGGGUUGAUGUGGUCAAAAGAUGGACUCCGAAAUCGGAAUCUAUCGUGGUCUUUUCUCGAGAUGGUCUUGCAUUCCCUGGAGGACUUGAUCGUUCAGCGUCUGUCGCUGGAAGAAAUGACCCUCGACCAUGAAAAAUCCGAGUUCCCAGAAAUCCACCCAGCGACCGUCCAAGACCCGCAAACUGGAAACCUCCACGAGUCUGCCGAUUUCAACUCACAACCACUCAAACCAUAUGCCCGCAGUUUGUCACAUGAGCUACGGACUCCGAUGCAAGGAGUCGUGGGCAUGCUCGAUGUCAUGCACGCCACGGUGCGUGAGGCCAUGGAGAGCAAGACCCCGGUGAAAUCGGGUGGGAUCUUCCAAGCUCUCAAGGAAGGUAUCGAGAUGGUCCAAGACAGUGCACGCCGGGCUGUCGAAGCGGCCGACAAUGUCGUUCAUGCCUACGACCUCAACAUGCAGGUGCCCAAGACACCGCAACGGGAAGAGAGUGAGGUCCAUAUGGAUCCCAUCCCACCUAUCGACCUGGCCGAAAACCGACCAAGUCUUUUCAUCGAAGGAAACAACAUCGCCGUGAAUCCCCCGGAAACAGAGAACACGAGCAGCUUCAUCCCGGCAAGAGCUCUCCCCCGCAGCGAGGAAGUGAAAAACGCCGUCCACGAGAGCGACCAGAUCGUUCAUGCCACCCCUGCCCGUCAGAUCGAAGCAGUCAUGGCUAAUAUGGUUGACCCACGACCAUCGCUUGCGGUUCGACGAUCGGCACCACAUCUACUCUUGGAAGGUAUCAACAUGAACUUAAGGGGAUCGGCCCUUCGCUUCACCAAACUGCGUGAUCUUCUGCGAUUGGUCAUCAAUGAGUCCCUUCACGUUGGAGGCCGACCCGACUCCGCUGUCAGCCAUUCAACUGAAUUUGGCGAGAAAAUCGAAAUUCGGUCUCGAUCCUCGAACGGCGAAAUUUACACGAAAACCGUGGACUGGUCGGUCGACCCCGCAUUGCCAGACACCCUUCUUGCAGACGACCGGGAUCUUGCCAAACUGAUCUCCUGCGUCUUCCUCAAUGCCAUCAAAUUCACCAACAACGGCACCAUCACCGUGUGUGCGACUAUCGACCACAAGACCAAUGAUGUUCUGAUUCGUGUGGGCGACACCGGCCCUGGAAUCCCGGCCGCGUUCCUGCCCAACCUGUUCAAGCCGUUUGCACGGGAGGAUGCCUCCACCACCCGGAGCAAGGACGGCCUUGGACUUGGUCUUCUCGUGGCGAAGGGCCUGUCCAGGAAGAUGGGAGGUGAUUUGAUUUGUGUUCGAUCAUCAACCACCGGUCCUAAUCACGGAUCCGAGUUCCAGAUUCGAAUCCCAGUAAAUCAACAUGAGGCUUGUAAUCGUCCAGGUACACCGAAUGAGAGGAUGAUGACACCGCCAGUCAUCAAUGACCACUCUCGACAUGGAAGCGCCAGCAGCUUCAUAUGGGAAGUACCGUCAACGUCGUCGAUGUCUCCAUCAGUCGUUUCGAAUCAGCAUUUGCAACAGCCAACACCGAGCACCGGAGAUGACAAUUCUUCUCAGAGCCCGACCCCCCCUCGACCGUCAAAUGAAAUUCGCCCGACUCGCGGCCCAAUGUCCGGUGAUGCCUACGACAAGAAUCUAGGAGAAAAAUAUCCUCUGCGUUUUCUUGUGGCGGAAGAUAAUCGCAUCAACCGCCGGGUUUUGGUGAAUAUGCUCCGAAAACUCGGCUAUCGGGAUGUACUGGAAGCUGCCGACGGCAGAGAAGCUGUCCAAAUUGUCCAAGAUAUCCUAUCGACAUCAAAAGCCGCCAAGAACUCGACUGAGUCAAACACCGUCGAUGGUCAGACUGACUUGUCGAUGGGGCGAACCGCCCCAGAGAUCAAACCAAUCGAUGUGGUGUUGAUGGAUCUCUGGAUGCCCGAAAUGGAUGGUUACGAGGCGACUUCUCGGAUUUUGAAGAUGGUUGAUGAACAUAACAGCCAGACCUCUGUUUCUGUCGAUGGCUCGCGAUUGAUGAGUACCGUUGAGAACCCCGACACGAUGGAAAUGGAUCCACCGGUCGGUCCUCUACGUCCGCCGCGGCCUCCCACUGUCCUCGCGGUGAGUGCCGACGUCACCGACGAGGCACUGAAUCGCGCCUCUAAAGUUGGAAUCAAAGGCUACAUGACAAAGCCUUACAAACUAUCCGAUCUGGAAAGACUCAUCAUUGGAUUCUGCGGGAGUCCAGGCGACCCUGCGGCUGCGGCGAGGAAUCCGUUCUGA